CCCCAAGGCUGUCUGUCUGGAGCUCGAGCUCGCCCAUGAUCCUGGGCAUUUGAUGAGCCAUCGUUGUGGGCGUCCACCCGCACGUCCCCCGGUUCGUCUUAGCCUGGCAAACUACUCUCUGCUCUGCUGGGGAGCGAGGGUCGGACUCCAUGUCCGUGGCUCAGGACGCCAACCUUACCUCACCUCCAGCUCCUACUAGCAACAAGCAGCUCCUCGCCUUUGACCGUCUUUUUCUUCUCCUUCCUCGCGCGAGACCGGCAGACUCGCCACUCCUUGGACACUCCGUACCGCCGCGCGCGUCCUCCCACUGGCUGCGAAUCUGACGCCUGUUUCUCGUCCGCACGCCGCCGCCAGCCUCACCAACAUUUACAAGUACCAGACCGAGCGCAACUUGACCAGCGCGUCUUCCUCAUUCUGCCUCACGCCGUGCUACAUCAGCUCGUCCGUUGUACAUCGCCCAUCCUCCUUUCAGGUCCCCAGAGCUGCGCAGACGGGCCCAUAUACCUCCAGGACCCUCGAGGCGCCCUCGGCCGCGCCCUCAGCUGCUUCUUGGCGCGGGUACCCGCUGCUGUCUCUACUUGGACGCCUGGCCUCAUCGACCGUGCUCGCACGUCCUCCACGCCAGGUAGGCAGGCAAGCCUGUCGUCAACCAGCUCCGUCGCCCCACUGUCCGCCUUGUCUGGGUUGCUGGAUACGUUACCAGGUGGCUUUCGACGGAGACCUCGCCGGCGUGGUGCCGCUACCCAUCUGCUGAUCUUUGGCCCAGCCUCGCCGUCCCUCAGUGCUUGCGGGCUUGGUGGUGGUGACCCCCAGCUUCGGCUCCCUUCUCCCAGGUCCCAUUCUGGGCCCUUUGGCCCAAAUCUCCAACCAUCCGCCGAGUGUUUUGCUUCGUUGCGGGCACGGCUCAUGUCAUCAUAGCCUACCAAUCGUGCAAGGCUCGCCUUCCCACCCCCAUGUCUUCCGGCCCGGUUCCUGCACUCCAUCCAAGGGUCCAAUAGUCGACCUACCCUCGACCUUCCGAGCCUCACUCCCCGGGUGUCUGUUGUUUCGUCUUCAGCCCAUGGUCGUCGCCCCUCCGUGGUCCCUGCUCUGCCUCUUACCUCGUUCCUGAUUAUGUGUCUGUGUUCCGUGGCGGUACAGCGAGCACACAAGCAUGGAUCCAGGACCUUCUGACGGAAAACGCCCUCGCCUCUCAUCUUGGUCAGCUUCCACAGCGCAAACUUCUUCCCUCCCACAUCCUCAUGCUACUCAAACCUCUCAACGCCCACCACCCCUCCACUCGACUCCUCACCCACCUCAGCAACACCCACAGCAUCAACAACACCACACGGCCGCAGGACAGUACAGUCAGGCAUACCCUCCUCGAGCUGCUGAACAUUCCUCUGCGCCGCCACCACCGCCGCCUCCCGCGGGCGUACACGGCCAUGUUCAGCACCCGCAACACCAUCAACACCAGCAGCAUACUGACGUCGACCGCCGCCCAUACGAACCGGACACUCUUGCACCUAUGCAGGACCCCUACCGAACUCACCAGCAGCAACAGCAACCACCAUCGCCCGUGCAUGCUGCGUAUCAUACGUAUCCCCCGCGCGAGUCGAUUGUGAAGAGAGAGGUGGUAGAAGACCCUCGGCGGCCGAAUUCAACCGGGCAUGCGCCCGAUAGCCUGCCACCUCAGCCUCACGCUGUGCCUGGCACGCAGGCUUCUGCGCCCCUCCAGCCGUCUACGUUCCCGUCAGAUGGCCAACCUCGACACAUGAGUUACGACAAUGGCUCCUCGGUUCCCCCAACGCCGGGCGUAUAUCGUGCACCGACCUUCCCUCCACCUACGCCGUCGCAGCAACCUUAUGACGCCCACGGCGCAUAUCCCGCAGAACCCUUCUAUAGCGUAUAUUCGUCUGUGGCCUCGGCCAAGAAAAAGAAUACGCGAGCGUCGCAGGCUUGUGAUCAGUGCCGCCAACUCAAGGCAAAGUGCGAUGAGACGAAGCCUUGCAAAACAUGCAGAGACAAGGGUACUGAAUGCAGAUACCGAGACCCUGUCCCGAAGGCUACCGACAAGGCUCAGGCCGAUCUUCUCGAAGGUAUGGCGAUCGUGCAGAAUGCCGUGCAUAACGCCCUGCAGGCGUUCGGCGAACGCAUGACGAAGCUGGAGGACAAAGUUUCCCAAAUCUACGAUUGUCUUCACCUGAAACAGAGUCCGGCGACCGAAGAGGACGUCAAAACAAUCAAUCACGGGUCGCCUUUAUUCGAGGAAAGGCGCGACAGCCAUUACUCUGGGAUCGACAUACCGCGCGAUCAGAUCGUCACCCCUACAGAGCGUAACGCCAUGCGCGAGGCGGCUGAGGAGGACAAGCUCGAAGAUGAACCGGGUCCACCCGUUCUUCCCGGAGAACCAGCUAUCCCGAUGAAUCACACAACGCUGGCCGGGCUCCUCUUGGACUGGGAUCCCAUCAAACACCUCACGAGACAUCAUGUGGAACGCGUCGGCAUCCGUCAUGUCGGCGAGUUUCCCAUUAGUCAGGAGCAGAACCGGGGUCAGCUCAUCGUCUACGGCCGCGGCGAGGCACCUCAUCCGUCACACCAGCCAAGAGAGCUUCUGGAUCACAGUCGGCUACCGGACGUGGCAGACGACUCUUCCGAUAUGGCAUCGCCAUCACCAGCAGCUGACUGGGGACAUGUCAACGGCGGUCUCAGCCCGGGUGAGCAGGUGGACUAUCGAGGCGGGGCACUUGCAUUUGACGGCAAUCCAGACUUUUCGGAGUCCAAGGUCUGGCCCUACGUGGAGAGCUUCAAGGAAAACAUCCUUAAUAUGCAUCCAAUCAUCCAGCCUAGGGUGCUACAUGAAUGGGUCGAGCACUUCCUAGAUAGUUUGCCAAGGGUCCAACCCAAAACGUCAAAACCGCAGACCUCGCACAAGGCGUUUGCCGUUCGAGCCUCCAUGGAGACCACAGGGUCGAAGCGCAAGCGAUCUCCGGGGCCAGAAUAUGAGGGGUCCACGACGACAGGCCCGGUGAGGGCUGGGAAGCCAGACAGGACGAUCAACACCGCCUUGGUCCUCACGAUCUUGGCAUUGGGGAAAAUCUGUCUACACCGUGGUAACGUUCCAGACGCCGUCCAUCACUCCGACCAAGUUCCGCACGGUAGCCCUUAUAGCCGCAAUGGGGUGCCGCCGUCACCAACGCAAGGCUCUCCCCCCAGUCAUUCCACACACUCGCAAUCCUCAGGCCUAGCAUCACCUAAGGAGCCGGACCGCUUGCCUCCGAGUCGACGGUCGUCGAUCCCCGGUCAAGGUGCGGUCCGCCAGGGUUAUGAUCUCAAGAAGAACUAUGAAGUAAUACCAGGCUUGGAGUACUUCGCCUUCGCCACCGACAUCUUGGGAAACCACAUGGGGGGUGUUACUAACAUGAAGCACGUAUAUGCCAAUAUUUUCGCGGGUCUCUACUAUGGCCAGCUCGCGCGUCCCAUAGAGAGCUUUGCCUUCAUUCAUUCAGCUGGUUAUAAGCUUCAGGUCCUGAUGCGGCCGUAAGUUACGUUGGCAAUAACGAUCUGUCACUCUAUGCUAAUAUACUCCGUAGGAGCCUGAGCAAAUUAAGAGAGAUGAAAAAGAAACAGAAGUUCAUCACGGAAGUCAAGUACAAUCAGCUUGCCUUGGCGUUUUGGACAUGUCUGCAACUCGAAAGCGAUAUAAUCGCAGAGCUCCCUCUGCCGCCCUCUGGGCUUCUCGCGUACGAGGAAGACAUGCCGCAUCCUAAUCUGAGCCUUAUUGAUGGAUUCGAUACGCGCGUGCUCGAUAGUUACCCAGGCCAGCUCUAUCUAAGGACUCAUCUCAAUAGCAUUCACCGAAUGUUCUACGCCCCUAAUGAGGACGCCGACUCAGGAAAGCUACAGACAGAGGCCAAGUUCAAAAACGUCUCUCUAGUAGCCGACUCAGUUUCGGGCAUGAACUGGAUCGCUCCCUGUUUCGCUUUCCGAGAGACUGACCCGCCGGCCGACGACGUACUGGGUGCUCGGCUGCGAGGCAAGUACUGGGGUGCCCAGGUCAUCACGUAUCGACCGUUCAUCAGGAUGAUCUUGGAAUUCAACUAUUCGAGGGGACACCAGGGUGUUUCAAACACUCUUCCCGUGGCAGAGUUUCGAAAAGGCAUCGUUCACCCAACGAUUGCCCCGGAUGCCAAAUCGCCCAAGGACCUUGACGCGGAGCUGAUCGGGUUGGCGAUCAAGGGCAUCAAGGCCCUUAUUGAAAGCACAAGAGCAUUCCAUGGACUGGGGGACCAGCGCCCCAUCAUCACAAACGUCUUUGGCACGGCACAUGCCCAAUGGGGUAAUCUCGUAGUUCUUGCAGCAGCAUACGUCGACCCCACACUACACGACAGCGUAGAUGGGCAGCUGCUAAAGUCGCUUUUCGAAAAAACGAUAUCUUUUCUUAAGCAGUCCGCAACGGCAACGAGUGCACUUCGACUCGACAUGCAUAUACUUGAAGGCCUGCAGCAGGAUCUCUUCGUCCACUGCAUACAUGAGGCGAAGACGAACUCGAGCAUCUCCAGCAGCGUCAGCUUGCAGACUCCGAAGAUGUCUGCCACGGCAGCGCAUUCUCUGCACCCGCAAGACCACCCGGCACAUCUGCAAGCCGCGUCUCCCCAUGGGCACGUGGGAGUCCCUCACGCGAUAUGAUAUAGGUGUCGCGUAGCGUUAGCUCUUCGACACGGAGAUAUGGCGUUACCGACGGGUGACUACAAGCUCGCCUCAAUACAAACAGUGCCUUGUUGCUCACGACACCGAACGCCUUGUGCAACAAACCGCCACAAAAAGCGCCAGCGAUGGCGUGCAACAUGACCCGAACUGGGCCUACGGGCGGAAUUAUACGUUGACAAGGGUUGUGGCAGUUCAAUCGACCCAGGUUCGAGGCAUCACGGCAGAGAGUAAUAUGCAGACCUGGCCGAGCCCGAAUCGGCACUUUGCCGCCUACUCGGGCCGUCUGCCGGGUUUGUCAUUUCAUUUUUAUUUCAACACGGACAGGCUCGUUGCUCGACCCGAGGAGGGGUCUCGUGAUGACGCCUGUUGCUUUAUUCUCACGGUUUCUCUCGAGUUAUACCCAGGCAGGAAGGGAGUGGAGGAAAUACCAGAAUCUACGUGGCAACAGGUCACCCUUUGCCCGAGGAAGCUGAAUGAUGGGCAGGUGAUGUACAAUCAGAAUAAGUACAGGAUGAGAUUUGGGAAAGAUGGGCCGCAUAGACAACGUCGGAGCCUAUAUGUCUGACUUGAAGACGGUCGAACCGGUUUGGAAUAAAAAGAAACACGGUGCCGGUUCGCACGCUGCAUCUCGGAUGUACUCGAUUGGGAAUGCCAUGCUGUGCUGAAAGUACCUGUCUCUUGCAGGUGACGCCUCGACACACCGCGGUAUGGGGCGUAGGGCACGAGAGCGAGGGAACGAGAUGAGGGGAAACAGGAGUCUCCGUCGCCGCGGGCCAAGAAUGGCGCCAGUGGCGAGAAACGAGGCAUGGGGAGUGUGCAUGGGACCUGAAGUUGAGCCGGGAGAAAGAUCGAGGCCGUGGGGACCGGGGAUUACCAGCAACGGCGCAUGCCGCGGCGGACCACCGCGGGCUGACUGAAGGCCCCACGGCGACGGCG